GGGAUGUAUUGGCGAAAGUACAGUGGACUUUCUGCAAUGGCGAAAGUACAGUGGACUUUCUGCAAUGGCGAAAGUACAGUGGACUUUCUGCAAUGGCGAAAGUACAGUGGACUUUCUGCAAUGGCGAAAGUACAGUGGACUUUCUGCAAUGGCGAAAGUCCUAUUGGCGAAAGUCUUAUUGGCGAAAUUCCGGAACCCCAAAAAAUAGCGUUAUUGUACGAGGGAGUGUAUUAAGCAGGUACCCAUGCUUCACACCCGAGAGACCAAAUUAUUGGACAUCCGUACAUGUUUUCCAACACAGGCACGGUUUAUGGCAACAUCUUUGUGUCAAUAGACAUUCACUAUCGUUUGUGCAACAUUUGGGCGUUCCACUUUCGCAGCUUCGUUGCUGUAUGUCACCACCGCAAACAACAAAGCAUCUGUACGGCGGAUAAACAGGACAUUGACCUAAAAAGUAAACAGACAUAUUUAUCAGUGAAAAAUAAUGAACUCACGACUUUGAUCGUCAAUUUUUGGGAUAAAACCAUAUACCGCAUACAUUUGUUGUAUGCAGGCUAAAGCGAAAAGAAAUAGGAAGCAACGCAUUUCGCUGAUGUUUAAAUCGAAUGAAAGAAAAUAAAGUAAGCACCAUAAUAUUUGUCAAUACUUUACUGUUCCUCCUUCAUAAAAUUGCCUAUUAUGAAUAAUUACGCAUGAAAGAGGAAUAUGUAAAGUAUGAUUGUGUCUAAAACUUGUUAUGUAUGGCCAGUACACAUCAAAUCCCAGGUAUAUAUUUGGUGUGAUGGAUCUCAUACACUCAUAAACGUUAUGAACGAUACUCACAUAAGCAGGAACUGUUAGUUUAUUGCAAUCGUUUUUGAAAUUUAUGCAUGAUAUUCAUCAAUGUAAUUCGCAAUUACUAUGUAAAAAUGAUCAAAGUUAUUUAAAGAAAGUAAAGGAAUUUGACAAAAUUAUAAAUUUGAAAAAACUAGAUAGUAUUUCAUACUGUAAGGGUGUGGGAUGUGGGUUUGGGAGUGGGUGUGCGUGUGCGUAUGUGGGUGUGGGUUUGGGUGUGGAUGUAGGUUUGGGUGUGGGUGUGGGUUUGGGUGUGUGGUGUGGGUGUCAGAGUGGGUGUGUGGGUGUGGGUGCCGGUAUGGUGUGGGGUGAGUGUGGGAUGGGGAUGUGGCUGUGUGGGUGUGGGCGUCGGACUGCAAUAUUUCUCUUUAGCCUCACGCACACCUCACCGACACCUCAUCCACACAACAACACCCCACACCCCACACCCACACCCUUGAAACAAGUUCCAAUUACGGUAAUGACUCGUAUGAAUGAUCAUAAUCUAGUUUUAAUUUACGAUGCAUAAUUAAAAACAUUUAAAAUUUUAUUGUUUAAAAGAUUUUAAACAAAAUAUCAUACAAAGAAACAAAUUGAUUAUUGAAGAAGGAAAAGUGUGAUCGAUUCUUUUCUGCUAUCGUAAAACAUUACUUAUUGAUUAUAUAUAUAGUGAAUCUAAAGAAGUUUUUAUAUAUAAUAAAUUUUUUGAUUGUUCCUGUUCUCUAUCAUCUGAGUAACAUUAGUUUUGAACAAUAACAAUACUAUUCUUGUAAAAAAUGUUAAUUCGUUAACUGAAAUCACGUAAGUAGAUAUAUGAUAUUGGUGAAGAGAAUGCUUUAGCCUGUUAUUUACAACGCUUUCGAAAUCCAGCGUAUAAUUAUGAAAAUUAGUUCUAUUCACUUGAAAUCUUCGCCAUUCUAAAAAUUUCUUUCUUUCAUCGUGGCAAUUUCGGUCUAGAAGUCUUCCUUCAUAUAUUGAGUAUUUCACAUUAAACGAACUAAUAAGAUCUUAAGUAAUAGAGUCACAUCAAAAGAAUAUGGUUUUACAUAUACUAAGGGCGAUCUGAUCUGCACCCGUUAGUAAAAUUGUUCUUCGCUUGUCGCAAAGUCCAAUCGAUAAGACAAGUUUUAAAAAAUACCACAUUGACACGAAGACUUGUUACAAUACUCAGGUGUGUUACCUUAUCAAAUUUUUGUUUUCUCUUAACUAAAUUGGUUUCAUAAGUUGAAUCUUUCAUUAAGAUUGAAGACAUCAUCUGCAAUUGAAACAGCAAUGAAUAUAAGUAGAUAAAGAAACAAGCUAAUAUAGGUUCAUUCUUUCUUUUCUUCUUAUGUGAUAAAUCAAGAUCAAUCAUGUAGACAAAGAUGAAUCCGUUCUCUAUCAUUAAUCCAAGUACAGAUGAAGAAAUUUGUCAAGUAGAAGAAGGCACAAAAGUAUCAAUAUAUAUAUACAUGAUUAUUUGGGAAGGUAACGAUUCGUAACGGUUGGUUACGAAAGCCCAGUAAGAAGCAGGGCUUUCGUAACAAUGUAAAAUGCAUAAAUCAUAAAAAGCAGGGCUUUCGUAUCGAUUUUUGACAGGGCUUUCGUAUCGUUUUAGACAGAGCUUUCGUAUCAUUUCUUAAAGAGCUUUCCUAUCAAGUUUACAGGGCCUUCGUAACAAUUUUGACAGGGUCUUCGUAUCGGUCUUACAGGAUCUUCGUACCGUUCUUACAGGGCUAUCGUAACGUAAAAGGAUUUGGUAUGAUCUUUCGUCAGAUGUUGCUGACAGGAUUUCAUAUUGAAAUUAGUGAUCUACCAAAAUUAUAACAUAAAUAGUUCAACAGUAGAAAGUGAGAACCAGAAUAUAAGUAUAGACAAAUUUUUAUCUUCUUGUAAAUCUCUUUCUUAGUAACAACAAAAAGUAACAAAAACCAGGCAAUAUAUAAAGAGAGAAGAGUGAACGAGAACAAUAUCAAGAUAAUAGAAUUAAGAAUACACAUAAUUGAUUUCCUCGAUUUUAAGUCAGCAACUUUAACAAAAAAAAGGCGUACACAAUUCUGGAAAAACAUAGAGAACUAGAAAUAACAACGACAUCUAUGAAUGUAUACAAAUAAUUCAUUCACAGUAUAGUACCAUGUAUUUGGACCAUUUAAGUAUAUAAAACUUGUUACGAAUGGAUCUCACUUAAUGACUUAAGCGAUAUUUGUAAGCAUGGGUAUUCGUAACGAAUGCCCUGUUCUUUUUAGUACCAGUCUUUCAUUUUAGUUAUGAAUGCAAUAAGAACUUGAUUACGAAAGCCCUGUCAAAAACGAUACGAAAGCCCUGUAUAAGUUUGAUACGAAAGCCCUGUCAAAAUUUGAUACGAAAGCCUUGUCAGAAUUUGUUACGAAAGCCCUGUCAAAAUUCGUUACGAAAGCCCUGUAGUAAAAACGAUGACAGGGCUUUCGUAUUACGAAAGCCCUGUAAAUUUCUCGUUACGAAUCGUUACACCCCCGAUUAUUUUCGUUCUACGUGUAAUUUUUAUUGUUUCCAAUAUUGUAGAGUGAUCCUGAUAAAGCAAUUGAAGCUGCUGAAAAAGGUUUCCAAUAUGAUUCACCAUGGCGUAAGUCUGAUCCUGCUGCACAUGCUCAGUUAAUUUGUAAACGUGCUGAUUUACUUCUACGUGUUGUGGAUUAUUUAGCAGCUGUUUUGUCACCUGGUAUUGUUAACAGUGUACCAGUCGAUAUUCCUGUUCGAACUGCUCAUAGAGCAGUUUUCACUCAUGCAGGUCAAGUAUGUUUUGCUGCAUCAAAAAUAUUUGUUCAUUCCACACUUCACGAUGCCUUUGUGUCUAAAAGUGUCGAAUUAGCAAAGAAACGUAUUGUUGGUGAUCCAUUUGAUUCUUCAACUGAACAAGGACCAUAG